AGUGUCGCUCCGCCUCCCUGAGUUGAGCCGAGAACGAGGAAGCGGUGUGUCACUCGGAAACGUCACGGUUUGAACGCGGAGCACGAUGGCGGAAGCUGAUAUUGCACUGAUCGGACUGGCUGUCAUGGGCCAGAACCUCAUCAUGAACAUGAACGACCACGGCUUUGUGGUCUGUGCCUACAACCGGACCGUGUCCAAGGUGCAUGACUUCCUGCAGAACCAAGCCAAAGGGUCAAAGGUGAUCGGAGCCGAGUCCCUGGAGGACAUGGUGGCCAAGCUGAAGAAGCCCAGGAGGGUGAUCCUGCUGGUGAAAGCUGGACAGGCUGUGGACGACUUCAUUGACAAACUGGUUCCGCUGCUGGAGGCUGGAGAUAUCAUCAUCGACGGAGGAAACUCUGAAUACAGAGACUCAACACGACGCUGCAAGAGCCUGAAACAGAAGAACCUACUCUUCGUGGGGAGUGGUGUCAGUGGUGGAGAGGACGGGGCGCGUUAUGGACCCUCACUCAUGCCAGGAGGCCACCAGGAAGCCUGGCCGCACAUCAAGGACAUCUUCCAGAGCAUUGCUGCCAAGGUGGGGACUGGAGAGCCGUGCUGUGACUGGGUAGGAGAUGAAGGCGCCGGCCAUUUUGUGAAAAUGGUGCACAAUGGCAUCGAGUACGGAGACAUGCAGUUGAUCUGUGAGGCGUACCACCUGAUGAAGGACGUCCUGGGGAUGGACCACGAUGAGAUGGCUCAGGCCUUCGAGGACUGGAACAAGACGGAGCUGGACUCCUUCCUGAUCGAGAUCACGGCCAACAUCCUGAAAUACAGAGACGCGGACGGCGAGCACCUGCUGCCCAAGAUCCGGGACAGCGCCGGGCAGAAGGGCACGGGCAAGUGGACGGCCAUCUCCUCCCUGGAGUACGGCACGCCCGUCACUCUGAUCGGUGAAGCCGUCUUUGCCAGAUGCCUGUCGUCUCUGAAGGACGAGCGGGUGGAGGCCAGUGGCAGCCUGCCAGGGCCGCAGGAGGUCAAGUUCAGCGGCGACAAGGCCGCCUUCCUGGAGGACAUCAGGAAGGCUCUCUAUGCCUCCAAAAUCAUCUCCUACGCCCAGGGCUUCAUGUUGCUCCGCCAGGCAGCCAAAGAGUUCGACUGGAAGCUCAACUACGGCGCCAUCGCGCUGAUGUGGCGCGGCGGCUGCAUCAUCAGGAGCGUCUUCCUGGGAAAGAUCAAAGAGGCGUUCGACCGAAACGCCGAGCUGCGGAACCUGCUGCUGGACGACUUCUUCAUGAACGCCGUGCAGAACUGCCAGGAGUCGUGGCGCAGGACGGUCAGCACCGGGGUCCAGCAUGGGAUCCCCAUGCCGUGUUUCACCACUGCCCUCUCUUUCUACGACGGCUACAGACACGAGCAGCUGCCGGCGAACCUGCUGCAGGCCCAGAGAGAUUAUUUUGGCGCUCACACCUACGAGCUCCUUUCUAAACCGGGUCACUACAUCCACACGAACUGGACGGGCCACGGAGGGAACGUCUCCUCCUCGUCCUACAAUGCCUGAGGACCCGCUGAGCAGGCGUGACGCAUUCCUCCAUCUUGACUCCGGCUGAUGUGCCGGAGCACUUUUAUUUAUCUCCAAUAAAGUCCUAGCUUGUGUGUUUAUAAACGGGUCUGGUCUC